AUGCCUCCCAAACGCGCGACCCGCGGAGCCGGCGCCGACGGUCGCAAAGCGACCACAACCGCAUCCUCCAAAGCCACCACAGGCGCUACAAAAGCAGCCAACAAGAAGACCGACUCCAAAGCGCCCGCAAAGGCUGCUGCUACGGCGGCGCCUGCCAGUCGGAAAAGAAAGGCCGUCGAGUCCGAGGACGAGUCUUCUGCGCCAGUUGCGCGCGUCCAGAAGAAGCAGAAAGCUGAGAUCAUCAACCACCCUCCCACAAAACGAUUGGACGUUUACGUCUUUGGAACAAACUGCUACGGUGAGCUCGGUCUCGGUGAUGCGACCAAGAAGUCGGAGAUCCCUGGUCCUGUGCUCAACCCCAAGCUCGCGGCGGAGAGUGUCGGUGUGGUCUACCUGGCUGUCGGAGGUGUCCACUCGGCGGCUCUGACGCAUGAUAACAAGAUCCUCACCUGGGGUGUCAACGAUGAGGGAACACUUGGCCGCGACACCAAGGAGGAGCGUAAGGAGGUUGAGGAGACCAAUGGUGUCAACGGGGAAGAGCAGGAGGAGAAGUCUGACGCUGACUCGGAUGAUGAGGAUGAGGUUGACUUGAACAUGAAGGAGGCCACUCCCAUGCCUGUCGACUCGGCUCACUUCCCUGAGGGUACCGUCUUCACCCAAUUGGCAGCUACGGACAGCGCGACGUUCGCACUCACCCAGGAAGGAAAGGUCUAUGGCUGGGGUACUUUCAGAGGAAGCAAUGGUGUGAUCGGUUUCUCUCCUGACAUUAAAUUCCAGCGCACGCCGAUGCUGGUCCCCGGCCUCGAGAAAGUGACAGACCUCGCUGCUGGUGCACAACAUGUUAUGGCGCUCACGUCCAAUGGCCAGGUUUUCACCUGGGGUUGCGAGGAACAGAACCAGCUUGGACGGAGAAUCUCCGGUCGCUUGCACGGCAAACUGGAGAGUCUCGUUCCCGGUAAAUGCGCUCUGCCCGCCGGAGUUGUCAGCAUUGGCACCGGCUCAUACCACUCCUUUGCUGUCCGCAAGAACGGUCACGUGCACGCUUGGGGCUCGAACAAUUUUGGACAGACUGCCGUGCCUAUGAGUGCAGGCCAGAGUGACGCCGUGGUUCUUUACCCAACUGAGGUCAAGUCCUUCCGCGAGUUCAGCAAGAUCGUCAGCAUCUGCGGUGGAAAGGACCACAGCGUCGCAGUGACGGAAGAUGGCAAGUGCCUGACCUGGGGCCGUGUCGACAACAAGGCCCUUGGUCUGGCGCUUGCGGAUAUGCGUGCCGAUGAUCUGGUGCACGAUGAGCAUGAUCGGCCUCGUAUCCUGACCAAGGCCACUCCGUUGGUGGAUAUCAAGGAUGAGCAGAUCGUCUUCGCUACUGCCUCCAGUGACCACUCGUUCGCCAUCACUAAGGAGGGUAAGGCGUACAGCUGGGGCUUCAAUGUUCAGCGUCAGGCCGGACACCGUGAGCUCGAUGAAGUCGAGCGACCCACUCUUCUUCAGAACAAGCAUGUCACCGGCAAGAAGCUCGUCGGUGCCUCGGCGGGCGGGCAGUUCAGU